GUCGGCCUCGAAAGACGACCCCACCACCCUUUUUCAAAAAAGGCUCCGCUCAUCCAUUUUUUCCCAACAUUUCAAUCCUUUUCUUAAAGAGAAUUGCUCUUAGUCCACGCAUCCGUGAUCAGCUGUACGCCACCACCGCCGUCGUUAUCGCCCCAACUUUAUACCUUCCGCUUCCGAUCGUGUGGGUGUUUAUUGGAUUUUCUUGAUCUUGAUUUUUUUUUGCACAGCGAGUUUGCAUUCCUGUUUGAUGGCUUUCAUAGAGGGCGAAUUUCAGAACCCUAAGCCGGCGAAGGCCGCUUCGUAUCUCAGUCGGUCCAUGACGGUACAUCACGGCGGCGGCGGAUCUCUCGCCGUAAAGCCCCCCAUCGAACGGGUGGUUUCCUUUAAGCAGCCGUUUCAAGGAUCGUCCGCCUUAGAUGCCAUGGUCACCGUCGCUGGAAAUUCUUUAAAGGGUAAAGUAAAAAAGCUGUGUUCUUUCUUCGAAAACAAGAAACCCUCUCGGCUGAACUCCCCUUCUCCGUCUCCAUCUCCACCUCCACCUACGGCCGCUGUGAAGUCAUUGAAUUCGGGUUGUUUGCCCGGGACAGAGGACAGGGUUGUAAUUUACUUCACUAGUCUCAGAGGAAUCCGGAGAACCUUUGAGGAUUGCUACACUGUGAGAAUGAUCCUGAAGAGCUACAGAGUGAAUGUGGAUGAGAGGGAUAUCUCCAUGGACAGUGCUUACAAGAAGGAAUUGCAGAGUGUGAUAGGAGGGGAGAAGAGUGUGACUGUUCCUCAGGUUUUCAUCAAAGGGAAACACAUUGGGGGGGCAGAAGUGAUAAAGCAAAUGAACGAAGUAGGAGAGUUGGUUAGAUUACUUAGAGGGCUGCCCGUGCGCCCGCCCGGAUUCGUCUGUGAAGGAUGUGGAGACGCAAGGUUCAUCCCUUGCUCCAAUUGCAGUGGAAGUCGGAAACUGUUUGAUGAGAAAGACGGGCAGCUAAGGACAUGCCCGGCGUGCAAUGAGAAUGGUCUCAUUCGGUGUCCCAUUUGCUGCCGUUCGUGAAAUUGAUGCAUUCGUUCGUGAUAUUGAUGCAUUAUACAUCACCUGUGACGGUUCGUUUUCUCUUUUUGGUAUCUGUAAAAUUAUAUAGGUUUUGCAUCAAAUAUUAUUAUAUUAUGUUAUGCCGAGUUGAUAAUGUACAUAGUACUUUGUGGGUGACAACUUGUUACCCAAUGUUAUAUGUUAAAAUUGAGAUUAAUGUUUGGAGUGGCACUUUGGUCUACAAGACUCUUAAGGACUAUAUUUGCUUCUGCUGCUCAUUUUGUGCAGCUUGUGUAAAUUAUGAAAGGCUGUAUAAAGAAAAUAAAGAAAAGGAAAAAGAUCACAUUUUGAUGCCCCA